AAUGGGAGCUCAAAUUGUACUGUGUAAUGGUGAGGAGAGUCCUAAUGAGAAAGAGAAGGCUUGGACAUUAGCCUAAAAAGUCCCGUGAUUUUCUCCCUUUCGGGUUUCCACGUAAAAACUGAGUGUUCAUACAUAUAUUUACUAUAUCGUGUUGGAUUAAACUCAACACUGGCGCCGUCUGUGAGAAUCUGUCCAAAAAGAUUCAUGUGUUCUACACAAAAAUUCAUACGAAGUGGACUGAUUUCACCAAAGAAGAAGAAAAAAUUCGAGAGAAAAUGAUUCUGGGGAGCGAAGAAGCUACAGAUUCUGGAAGAUCAAAUCUGGUUUCUCUUUUUGCAGAUCUGGAUUGAGGCCGCCGGAGCUGCCGCACCGCCGUCGUUCCCGCCGCCAUGGACCUUCCCGGUGCGUCCAGCUGCACCAGGUGAAGCUCGCGGCCGCGUCCCGGGUCUCGCCGCUGCGUUUCUAGAAAAACGCCGCCGACAGCAGAGUCGCCCAUGGCUCGUUGUUGGCUCCACCAACCACCGUCUGAGCCGCCUCACUGCCGCCUGUCAUCGGCGGACAAUAGCUUGUCACCCGUCCACGCGGCCGAUAGUCGUUCGAGCCUCCGCCUCGUUGCUAACGCGACCUGAAGAAAUAUCCGCCAUUAAUGGCGGCUUGGAGCUUAAGGGAGGCACACAUAUGAAGCCCCGCCAGGCCCCACCAGGGUCGACGUCCAUCGCUUCCUUUGUGCCCCGGCAACUGCCCGUACCGCCGACGGUAGGUGGCCAGCCCAAACAGUUUGGCCUCGGGUCAGUGAGAGGAUGUUCCAGCUCCCUGUCCAAAAGAUACGGAGUGCUGCGAACCGAUCGAAGGUCUUGGUUCCAAGAAGGCCACGUCCGAACUCCGAAGGAUGGAUGAUCGCAGCGGAUACGACUUGGAGCAAUUCUGACCAAAGUCAAAGUUGACAAGGGGAGACCAUAACUGACUCCAAAGCCCUGCUGGCCGAAGCUUGCUUAAUCUCCAAAAAAGCUAAGUGCCUAUUCUUACUUUUAAAUUGGUACACUUAAUUGUUAAUAGUUUAAACUAUUAGUAAUGCUAGUAUUUUUAUCACCAUUAUUUAUUGGGGAAUUAAAAUGUCCCGAAUUAAAUAAUGCCGAGCGACGCUCUAGUGAUAACUAGUUUCACCGUCAUUUAGAUUUAAUGACUGGUUGUUGUGGGCCCGUCGGCCCGCUCCUAAUCGGCUUUAACUAGUGGGCGGAGCAUACCGGAAUGGCCUUUGAUAGGAUAACAUCAUUGCUAUUGCCUGUUAUAUCCCUAUUAUUUAUUAGGGAUAAAAUGUCCCGAAUUAAAUAAUGUGGAGCGAAGCUCUAGUGAUGGUUGGUUCAGCCAACAUCUUAUUGAAUAUUUAAUUUCUUGUGGCCCCGAUGGCCCACUCUCGAUCAGCUUGAUUAGCGAUCUGAGCGUCUCCAGAGGGUAGUGCCCCCGAUGACGCGUUUUAAUUUGGGGGGUUACGCUUUAGUCCGCACGACACCGAGUGCUCGAGCGAUGAUCGUACCCUAGUACCAUCUACGCCAUUAGGCGCGAAGUGACUAUUGCCAAACGCGGCCUGUGGGGCCCGAAGGCACCAAAGCGCUCAAACUCCUUUUUCCGAGGGCAGUGCGACUAACUUGGGUCUGAGUUGAAAACUCACAGACCGGUGAAUAUUUCUAUGUGACGUUCGGUGGGCUGCUAGUUGGCUCCGCCGCGAGCUACCACGUCCAUUAACCCCGCACGAUGAGCCGGGCCGAGGGUCACGGUAACCCAUAGGCCGGUAAUCGUGGGUGUUAGAAAGGAAGCCAUGCAGAUGGUUAUGUGUGUAUACAUAUUGUCGGGCCGUGUGGCCCGUUACCAUGCUUAUUGCGCAGCUGAAGCCGCUCGACGUGCUUGAGCGAAAUGAUUAAAAGACGAUCGGCCUAAGUCUCAAAGACGUUCAGGGCCAGCUAAAGUGGAGACCAUCACGGCUGAGAGCCGAUGGACGAGCAUCUCCACCCAGAGGUCGAGGGCCUAGAGGAGACCACCACGGUUGAGAACCGUGGGACGAGCAUCUCCACCCCAGAGACCGAUGGCCUAGGAAGAACACCUAGAGGCCGAGGGUCUAGAGGCGAAUGCCAUGACAGAGAACCGUGAGACGAUCACCCGUCAUUCAGAGGCCGAGGGCCUAGGAGAGAUCGUCACGGCCGAGGGCCGUCUGACGCCAUCAUACCAUGACCGGCCCCUCGGCACGGCAUGCUCACCAUAUUUGAAGACCGGCCUCGUCCCCGCGAUGCGCGGAUGAGGACCGUUGCUUGAUUUCAGAUCGGCCUCCCAUUGCCGACACCAUUAUAUCACGACCGGCCUCCCGGCUCGGCGUGCUUUCCAUAUUUGAAGACCGGCCUCACCCCUGCUCCUCGUGGAUGAGGACCGUUGCUUGGUUCUUCCUGAUCGGCCCCCAGGCCGACACUCUUACAUGGCCACCGACCCCCUGGUACGGUGCCAUUAUCUUUCGAAGACCGGCCUCAUCCUGGCUCCUCGUCGAUGAGGACCGUUGCUUGCUAUCUCAGAUCGGCCUCAUAUUGCCGAUAUCGUUAUAUCACGACCAGCCUCCUGGCUCGGCGUGUUUUCCACAUUUGAAGACCGGACUCAUCCCCGCUCCUCGCGGAUGAGGGCCGUUGCUUGAUUCUUGCAGGUCGGCCCCUCAUUGCCGACACUGUCACAUCAUGUUCGGCCUCUCAUCGUCGACAUCAUCAUACCACGACCGGCCUCUCGGCUCGGCGUGCUUAUCUUUUGAAGACCGGCCUCAUCCCCGCCACCUCGCGGACGAGGACCGUUGUUUGAUUCUUUCAGGUCGGCCUCUCACUGCCGACACUAUCAUGUUAUGUUCGGCCUCUCGGCCCGACAUAUUUAUCUUUUGAAGACCGGUUUCAUCCCCGCGCCGCGUUGGAUGAGAGCCGUUGCUCGGAUAUAUCGGCCUGACCGGACACUAUUGUCAUCUCCAUUAUCAGGACCAACUGCUCAGCGACAUUAUGAGCAUUGUAUAUCGGCUCCCAAUGCCGACCUUCUUGAGUUAGCGAUCGGGCUCACCCCUCCCUUCAGGAGGGUGACCAUCGCCUUCGCAUGACGACCAGCAUUUCCAUCGCCUCGUCAUUCUAUUCAUUUUGAUAUCCCACUACCAUUAUGUGUGACAUCACUUGUGGUCAUUCUUAGAACCGAUGAACGUAUUUUCCUCCCUCAAAAAAAAAAGAUGGGGAGAAGGGGAGACGAGAUCCUAUGAGAGAGGGAGUCUUGACGAGGUAUGCCAGAUCUUCCUUCGCCGCGUAUGACGAACGUCUCCCGACGCGGAGGCCAGUAGGAACGUGGGGGGGGGGGGGGGGGGCUAGACGAACCAAAGGGAACCUCGGCAAGAUAAACCAGUUCCUCCCAUGACCCGUGGAUCGACGAACACCUUCUGCUGAAGCAGAGGGCUAGUAGGGCCACGAGCGUGGGGCGACGAAGCAGGGAACCCGCGAUAGGGUAAACCAGUUCCUCCUUGCGAUCGGUGAAUGACCGAACGUCUUCUUCGAGGGAAGAAGGUUAGUAGGAUCACGACAGGGACGAACGAAGAAACGGGAACCCUGACAGGGUGUACCGGUUCCUCCCCCUUAUGGACGGAUGAUGAACGUCUUCUGCGAAGCCAGAAGACUAGUAACUCACGACCGGGGACGAACAGAGAUAGGGAAUCCCGACGUGGAUAAACCUGUUUCUUCUCAUAGUUGGGAUGACGAACGUCUCCUGCGAAACCAGGAGACCAGUAACUCACGAGACUUGGGAAGAACGAAGACCAGCUCCAUGGAUCAGACACGGAGGACCAGUUCUUUACCGGAGUCUGUUGCGUGCCGAGUGUACACCGCUUAGCGGUCCAUACAUAGGACCACGGAUAUGGUAGACGAACGAAGACCAGCUCCAUGGAUCAGACACGGAGGACCAGUUCUUUACCGGAGUCUGUUGCGUGCCGAGUGUACACCGCUUAGCGGUCCAUACAUAGGACCACGGAUACGGUAGACGAACGAAGACCAGCUCCAUGGAUCAGACACGGAGGACCAGUUCUUUACCGGAGUCUGUUGCGUGCCGAGUGUACACCGCUUAGCGGUCCAUACAUAGGACCACGGAUACAGUAGACGAACGAAGACCAGCUCCAUGGAUCAGACACGAAGAACCGGUUCUUUACCGGAGUCUGCUGCGUGCCGAGUGUACACCGCUUAGCGGUCCAUACAUAGGACCACGGAUACGGUAGACGAACGAAGACCAGCUCCAUGGAUCAGACACGAAGAACCAGUUCUUUACCGGAGUCUGUUGCGUGCCGAGUGUACACCGCUUAGCGGUCCGUACAUAGGACCACGGAUACGGUAGACGAACGACGAUUAGCUCCCCAGAUCAGGUAGGAGGGACAUCGCCCAGAUUUAUUUCAGGCUCACCAUUCCUUCCCGGAUGGAGUCCUGGCAGACGAUCGGCUUCUCACAGCCAAUCAGGAGAGAGACUUGACACAUCACCAGCACGGCCGAGGGCCGUGAGACGAUUACCACUCACCGACAGGCCGAGGGCCAUGAGAUGAUCAUCACUAUUUUUCUGUAUCACGAUCGGCCCCUCAGCACCAUCGCGUCCAGAUUUACGGUUCAGCUCGCCCAUUCCCUCCAGGAUGGCGACGACCGUCUUAUACAGUACGAUCGGCCCCUCAGCGCCAUCGUACCCAGCUCACGUUCGGCUCGCCCAUUCCCUUCCAGGAUGGCGACGAACGUCUUUAUGCAGCACGAUCGGCCUCUCAGCACCAUCGUGUCUGGCUCAUGUUCGGCUUGCCCAUUCCCUUCCAGGAUGGCGACGAACGUCUUUAUGCAGCACGAUCGGCCUCUCAGCACCAUUGUGUCUGGCUCAUGUUCGGCUCGCCCAUUCCCUUCCAGGAUGGCGACGAACGUCUUUAUGCAGCACGAUCGGCCUCUCAACGCCAUCGUGUCCAGACUCACGGUUCGGCUCGCCCAUUCCCUCUAGGAUGGCGACGACCGUCUUAUGCAGUACGAUCGGCCCCUCAGCGCCAUCGUACCCGGCUCGGCGUUCAGCUCGUCCAUCCCUUCCAGGGUGGCGACGAACGUCUUAUGCAUCACGAUCGGCCCCUCAGCGCCAUCGUGUCCAGACUCACGGUUCGGCUCGCCCAUUCCCUCCAGGACGGCGACGACCGUCUUAUGCAGUACGAUUGGCCCCUCAGCGCCAUCGUACCCAGCUCACGUUCAGCUCGUCCAUCCCUUCCAGGGUGGCGACGAACGUCUUAUGCAUCACGAUCGGCCCCUCAGCGCCAUCGUGUCCAGAUUCACAGUUCGACUCGCCCAUUCCCUUCAGGAUGGCGACGACCAUCUUAUGCAGUACGAUCGGCCCCUCAGCGCCAUCGUACCCAGCUCACGUUCAGCUCGUCCAUCCCUUCCAGGGUGGCGACGAACGUCUUAUGCAUCACGAUCGGCCCCUCAGCGCCAUCGUGUCCAGAUUCACGGUUCGGCUCGCCCAUUCCCUCCAGGAUGGCGACGACCGUCUUAUGCAGUACGAUCGGCCCCCUCAGCGCCAUCGUACCCAGCUCACGUUCAGCUCGUCCAUCCCUUCCAGGGUGGCGACGAACGUCUUAUGCAUCACGAUCGGCCCCUCAGCACCAUCGUGUCCAGAUUCACGGUUCGGCUCGCCCAUUCCCUCCAGGAUGGCGACGACCGUCUUAUGCAGUACGAUCGGCCCCUCAGCGCCAUCGUACCCAGCUCACGUUAAGCUCGUCCAUCCCUUCCAGGGUGGCGACGAACGUCUUAUGCAUCACGAUCAGCCCCUCAGCGCCAUCGUGUCCAGAUUCACGGUUCGGCUCGCCCAUUCCCUCUAGGAUGGCGACGACCGUCUUAUGCAGUACGAUCGGCCCCUCAGCGCCAUCGUACCCAGCUCACGUUCAGCUCGUCCAUCCCUUCCAGGGUGGCGACGAACGUCUCGUAUGCAACACGAUCAGCGCCUCUGUGCCAUCGUGUCUGGCUCAUGUUCGGCUCGCCCAUCCCUUCCAGGAUGGCGACGAACAUCUCUUAUGCAGCACAAUCGAUCGGCCCCUCCGUGCCAUUGUGUCAAGUUCGUCGACGGAUCGCCCAUUCCUUCUAGGAUGGCGAUGACCGUCUUAUGCAGCACGUCUGCCUCCCGGCGCUGACAUGCCCGGGUUAUCGAUGAGAGCCACCGCUUUCUAUCACAUCUCACAUUCCUUCUCUCAUACAUUGCACCCAUACAUUACAUGCAUUCAUGCAUUCAUGCAUCAUACCUCAUACAUUCAUACAUACACACGUGCAUCAUGUUUUGACAGUACCGCGACGUCGGUUUAUAGAUGCAUGGACCUCUAAGCUUCUCCAAUUGGAAAGCUCGAGUCAGAGUCCUUUACUCCCGCCUGAUGCAUUCAGGGGGAGUGUGCCCAUGGAGGAGCACCCUUCGCCCGACCCCGUCGGGAAGAGGGGUGCCUCACCGGCAGAUUACGUUCAGGAGUGCAGACAUCCACUCAUAUAUUAUGAUUAUUCGAAGACACAGGUUUCAGCUAGACAGGGGCAGAGCGCAGGCAAGAAUAUACUUUCUCGAGCAGAUUCGCGCACUCACUACUCAAGAAACUGGGGGACUUGUGUUGGGAUAUAUUAUCCCGACCUAUUACUGUUCAGGAGCCCAAGACAUUAUCCAGUACGGAGCCCGAGCAGCUAGGUCCAUUUCGGCCCGUUUGGCCCAUUAGGGUGGAGUACUUCCCUCACCCCUUUCCCUAUUUAUAGGAGGUUUUCCCUCCAUGUAAAGGAUCUUUUCCCUUCUUCCCCAACUUAUUUACUCUCUCUAGAAUAGCUUACAAGACUCCAUUAAUGGGAGCUCAAAAUGUACUAUGUAAUGGUGAGGAGAGUCCUAAUGAGAAAGAGAGGGCUUGGACAUUAGCCUAAAAAGUCCCGUGGUUUUCUUCCUUUCGGGUUUCCACAUAAAAACUGAGUGUUCAUACAUAUAUUUACUAUAUCGUGUUGGAUUAACC